ACAAGAAAUUAUUAUUCCCUUAAGGUUAUAGAAAUACUUUUCUUAACAGUAUAUAUGAAAAUAUGGUUUUUUUACGUGGUUGGAGAUAUGCAGCAUUUAUAUCCUGCAUUGUAGGCGGAAUUAGCGUAGCACUUUACCCUAUAAUUGUUGAACCAAUGAUGAAUGUCGAAAAAUAUAAAGAAUUGCAGAAGCAUAAUCGUGCCGGAAUCCGACAAGAGGAAAUACAGCCUGGAAACAUGAAAGUUUGGUCGGAUCCAUUCGGACGUAAAUAGGGACUUACACUUAUGUUGCCACAUUUGAACAUAAUAUAAGUAGUGAGGAAUUGCACUUUUUUGCCUUUAAUUCGGAACUAGUUCAUAACUUUAUAAAAUAUCAUCGAAUUAAUAAUGUCAAUUUCAUUUGUCUAAUAUAUCUGAUUUAGCACUGCUUUAGACACA